UCCGUAGGUGGUAGACGGUCUCUGACUGUCGAACGCGGAGGUACCACCCGGCAGUUCUCGUAGGCGGAGCCAGAAUGUGUGCAUGUUGCAUGCACACGUGUUGCCUCGCCAGAGUCCGUGUGACGUCCCCCCCGUUCCCAUGUAUCCCCCUAUACCCCACGGUACCCAAUGGGUGCUUAGGCCUUAGGCCUUCGUGGUAGUUGGAGUAUAAAAAAAAAUCUCGAACGUCACGGCUUGAUUAGCGACAGGCAG